CCGGCAGCUCCCCGCUCGCUCGCUCGCUGCCUCCCGCCGCUCCCCGCUGCGCAGAGCGGAGCGGAGCGCCGCGCCGCGCCGGCGGGGGCAUGGAGAGCCAGCGCUGCUUCGCCAACCGCUUCGAUGACUACCCGGGCAGCCCGGCGGCGGCGCCGGACAGGGAGGCGGCGGUGCCGCUGGUGACGGCCACCAUCGAGCGGAUCCUGAGGGAGCUGCCGCCCCUGGGCGGCCCCCGCGGCUGCCAGGGCGGGCUGUACGGCGGCGUGGCCGGCGUGGCCUACAUGCUCUACCACGUCGCGCAGUGCCCGCUCUUCGCGCCGUCGCGGGAGGCCUACCUGCGGGCGGCCCGCCGCGUCGUGGACGCCUGCCUGCGCUACCAGGAGGGCGGCGGCGAGGCCGACGCCGACACCCGCGCCGCCUUCCUGCUGGGCGGCGCCGGGGUGUACGCGGUGGCGGCCCUGGUCUACCGCGCCCUGGGGCUGCCCGACUUCGCCCGCCCGCUGGGCAAGUUCCGGGAGCUGAGCGAGGUCUGCGCCCCGCUCUCCUUCCUCGAGUGCGGCUCCGACGAGCUCUUCGUCGGCCGCGCCGGCUACCUGUGCGCCGCCCUGGUGCUGAAGCAGCGGCUGGGCAUGGAGGUGCUGACCCCAGCACAAAUAAAAUCAAUUUGCCUGGCCAUACUAGAAUCAGGAAAGCAGUAUGCAGUGAAGAAGAGGAAACCGUUCCCACUCAUGUAUUCCUACUAUGGAACAGAGUAUCUUGGUGCAGCACAUGGGCUUUCAUCAAUCCUUCAGAUGUUGCUUUCCUAUUAUGAGUACCUGCAGCCAGCAGAUCAGGAGCUUGUGUGGCAGAGCGUUGAUUUUCUUAUGGACCAAGAGCAGAACAGCAACUGGCCUCCUGAGCUGGGAGAGACAAUCGAGCGGGAGAAUGAGCUUGUACACUGGUGUCAUGGAGCUCCAGGCAUUGCAUAUCUGUUCGCCAAAGCUUACCUGGUUUCCAAGAAGCCUCAAUAUCUGGACACUUGUAUCCGGUGUGGAGAGCUAACUUGGCAGAAAGGCCUGUUGAAGAAGGGACCUGGAAUAUGCCAUGGAGUGGCUGGUAGUGCUUAUGUGUUCCUGCUGCUGUAUAGGCUCACUGGAAACUCAAAAUACAUAUACAGGGCACAAAGGUUUGCAGAGUUCUUAUUUACAGAAGAAUUUAAGGCUGGUUCCCGAGCAUUAGAAAGUGUAUAUAGUCUGUAUGAAGGCUUCUCGGGAACUGUGUGUUUCCUGACUGACUUGCUGCAACCCAACCAAGCUGAGUUUCCUCUCUUCAGUGUCUUUGUCUAGAAAGUAACAUUCUCCAGGGCCACAUCCUAGUGGCGGUGGGAGAGGGCACUGCGGUUUCACUUAUUUGUCAAGAGAGGCUAUUUACAAAACAAGCCAGUGGUACCACUAAUGCUAGCCUUAACUUAGCUGGGAGUCAGGUGAAAAAGAAAAUACACUGGGGGUUUGGGAGGGAAGUAUGUGGUCAAAAAAAAAUGGGUCAGUGAAAAAAAAAAAAAUGGGGGAAGUGAUUGAAUCUGAUGGGGUAGAUAUUUAGCUGUAAUAAGAAGCAAAAUCUAAUUAUUCAACUGAGAGAGAAAGGGGCAUUACCAAACUUUUAAUCUGGUGGUUACACAGGAGAAAAAAAAAGGCAAGCUAGAAUUAUAGCAACAUGCAUAGAAGAAACAGUGAUGCAUCCAGUAGGUUUUAAAAAGAGACCUGCAAAAACAAGUCUUCGUGCAGUGAUGCACGAGUCGGGGAGGGUGUUGUAGACAUGUCACAACACUGCACGUAGGCAAAAUCUGGGAUUUUCUACCUAAACCACAUCUACUAGUUCUACUAACAUGUAUUAGAAAUACCUGUAUCUUGGAGCUCCUUCAUCUUCAUAUGCAUAUACUGAUAGUUAUGUAGAAAGCUAUAUAUUCACAGGUUCAUUUCAGCUAGUGGGGUUUCGUGUGUGUAAAUGAGAACUGAAUUUGACCCUUCCUUUCAGAGCUCAGUCUGGGGCGAGGAGCUGGUGUCCUUACUGAUUUACUGCAACCGUGUCACUUCUUGUCAAUACUUUCCCUGUUACAGGGAAGAUGAGUGGAGCCAUGGAGAAGACUUGGAUCAAAAAGUUCUAUAGCAAAGAUACAGCAGGCAGAUGCUUUCUUCACAGUACAGCAUUACUAGAUAAGCAUUGUUCAGUGAUACAAAAGCUUCCUUUAAAAAUUAAUUACCUAUAGCAGCAUUUCUGAACAAUAGCAUACAUAUUUCAGACAACAGAAAAUCUGUUUUCCUUGAUGAAUUGUUCACUACAAACCCUGCAAACUGAAUGCAAACCUUGGAUGGCAUACUGAUUUUAAGAAAAACCUGGUAACAAAAUUCAAAAAUGCUUCUUUUCCUGGUUAACAAAAUAAUGUAUAUGCCCAAAUGAUUUGUAGCUAUAGAAAUAAAUGGGUUGCUCAACACUAGUUGCACUAGCACUUAAGGUUUCGAUUAUAUGCUGGUUUAUAUGUAUUAUAAAUGAGACACGGUACUUGAAAGCUAAAGAAAAUGCUAACAUAGAUUUGUACUAAAAAAACUAUGAAAUCAAUAUCUGUAUUUAAAAUAUAUUUACUAUUUAUUUAUUUUUAUUUAUAUGGGAAUAAUGUAAUGCACUUGCCUUUGAAGACAGAUUGGGAAGACCAGUAUGUCAAAAAUUGCAGUUAGGGUGAAAAAGCUGACCUACAUGCACUGCCAAACAAUGCAGUCUCUCUUCCUGCAUUCUCAGCUGGAGGAGAUUACAAUUUCUUUAUUUUUAAUGCCUAACGGAUUAAAGUUCCCAUUUAAUUUCAGUGGGCCUUGAUCAGGCUGUAAGUUGGAGCCAGGUCUUGCAACCCUUCUGCAUUUUAAUAUAGUAAUCCCGUUCCUGCUCUUGCCACUGUUAUUUUAAUGAGAUGGCUUGCAUCAUUAUGAGCUGCAGAUUAGGAUUUCUGCUAUUUUGUCUUGCACUGUGCAGCUCUAAUUAAUUAUUUAAUCAUAGAAGCCAUUGGUGAAUAAAGCAAUGCAGUUCUGUAUCAGCUUGUCAAGAAUUUAGGGAUUUUUUGGUGAACGGAAAUGUUAAAAUUCAAUAUACAGUUGUUAUGUGUUUAUUAUUUGUGGGAUAAAAGGUCUUUUAAGAAAGCCAUUAAUGUCGCUUACGUUGUUACUCUGAGCAGUGAGAUGUGUACACAUAGGAGUAUGUAUUUCACAGGCAGGUAUACAUGUGAGGCUAAAUCAAAAAGUCAAUGGAGAUGUGCACGUGCUCUGCCCAGCCAGGUUGAAAUGCUCCUGUUAGAUCAGAGCAAAGUCAAUUGUCAGUAGUCAAGAUCCCAAGUCUAUUAGGAUUCUUCUCUAGUUGCUUCCUGUAAUGCGGGUGUCUAAUAUAUUUCAUAACUGGAACCUUUUUAAACAAAUGUUUAAGGAAGGUGAAACUUGGCCUAUCCACUUUUUCCCUGUGGUGAAUAGGUUUUCAGUCUCAAUAUUCAUUGUAGGGUAAUGUCACUCAGCUAAAACAUGUAAGUAACAACAUUUGUGCCAUAGCAUUUAGAUAGCUACUGUAACUGUAUUCUGUCUUAGUGCAAGAGAGUGAAAUAGGUUCUGCCAUGAUCUAGACUCAAGCUGUUGCAACCAUACAUUUAUUGCCAAUCCUUUUAUUUAGAGAUGCAAAGAUAAAACAAGAACACUUAGUGUUUUGAUAACUAUGUCAAAAAACCCCAAACAACUCCAAACUUAAGCCUUAACGGAAUCUACACAUACCAGAAUAGUAAUCAUGACCUUUCGAUUUUGUCCCCGGUGCCUACUUUUUAAUUAUCAGUGGGCCACAACAUUUAAUUGUUUCCAGUUAGUUAUUUCUCAGGAGAUGCUUGAAGAAGAAAAUCUUUGCCAAAACCUCAGUAAAUCUAGAGCACAAUAAAUGAGUAUAGUAACUUAGAUCCUGACCAAGUCAUGAAUGCUGAUAUUGUAACACAUACCACAUCUGUGUUAAAAUUUAGCAUAACAGCAGUAGAUAAAAACACUCUAUUUUAUUAUGCUUAACUUCCAACGGUCAUGUUUGCAUUUAUCUUUUAAUGUGAUUCUUCAUAAAUGGCAGGAAGUAUACAUUAAGAAUUCAGUGUUAGUUUUCUAGUGGUUUUCCCUCUGUGUCUCUUUGUAGAAUUAAUUCCUUCUGAUUUACAUUCAGAGGAGACUCUGAUCUGCUCUGUGUCGUGUUCAACAGCACCCGCAAAACAAAUCUCUGUCUCUGCAACCAUUCUCCGUAUAUGAAGCCAUGUGUUUGGCUUCAUUUGAUACUGGUCCUGUGAGAAAGAAAAUAGUUACUUGAGUAGGAGUUAGUCCAUUCAACAAUGAGAAAGCCCAUGCAACCACCCAGUUUUCAAAAUCUAGUUCCCAAACAUCUCUCUGCAAGUCAUGCAAGUUCAGCACUGACUUCAGCCAGGGCAGCACGCAAACUUUGUUUACUGACACUCAAGAUCAGUAACAGUAACAUAAACAUCCAGUCUCAUGGGAUACAUCUUAUAAAAUCUCGGAACAUAAUUAUUCAUCUGUUUUGUCAGACAUGGCAGUUUGAGCUCAUUCUUAGAGCUUCGUGGCUUUUCUUACCUGACUUAGCUGGGUUAAGGUGGCUACUAGACGUGCUGUAGUCACAGCUUCUGAACACAGUGUAAAUAUACCCCAGGGCUCUUCUGAAAAUGCCAGUCAUUAAAUGAGCAGGUUUUUUUCAUCUUUUUCCUCCUCUUAAUUGUCUAGCUGCUUCUUUUCCUUUGUACUAUAUAUGCUGUUACAUACAUGCUGUUAAAACCUUUAUUUGUUGCUUUUAAGACGUUGACAGGAAAGCAACCUGAGCAGAGCCAUCAGCACUUUUCAGUGUAAUAAAAAAAUAAGUCCUUUGUGUUCCCUUCUUACUGCUUCGAGAAAUUGAUCAUGCAACCUUUGCUAGACAUUCUCAGUGGGAUGCUGUCUCCUCCUGCUCCUGACUCGGGCCCUAAUAGACUGAAAAAACGUUUUCCUGAACAGAUUCUGCCAUGGUGCUGUGACAAAAGACUGUGUUACCAGAAACUUGAGAAGCCUCUUUCAAAGUGUAAAACAUUGUUACUACGUCAUGUUUGCACAUUAGUUUCUUGACUGUGUUUAGUUUCUAAAGUGUAGGCAAUAGGAAUUUAAGUGAUAUAAUAGUAUUUCUGAUUAUGCUGUUAAAGCAAAGAGGAUGCAUUGUGUGGGUAUUGGUGCUUAUUUGUGAUGUACCUGUGUUUGUGUGGUGCUGUUUGUGAGUAAAGCUGUAGAUUACAAAUCUCUAAGGAGCUAUAUACUAUUCAUGACUUUUGGUAGGUCAUCCAUAGAUUACUGUCAUGGAAUAAUUUUGAGGGAAACUAGAUCUGUAAUGUCCAGGUUUAGUGAUUUCAGGAUUCAUAGAGCCAGAUGCAAUAAGUUUCAUCAACAGUACAGUUCUAACGAAUAUAUCUUAAUUUUUUCCUGCUACUCACAACUUCUCAGCACGAUAACAUAUUCAUUUUGUGCUACUGCUUUCAAUAUCUGCUUUGUUUGCAUCGUUUCCUUCAGUUUCCCUGCCUUUCUUUCCCAACCUAUGAAUAACUUAAGAAGUCUGAAGCAGCAGCCCAGGUCUUUUGUUCUUGAAAAUAAGAUUGAUUAAUUUUGCCUAAGAGGGGUGUUCCACUUAUUUGCAUUACAUUAUUUUACACUCCCAGAUGGCCUCUUCUCACUGGCUCUGCCAUUUCCCACCUGCUAAGGAAAAAUCAUUAUACUGUAUAACAACUGUCACUGAUGUUUUACAUCAUUAAAUAAAACAAAGAGAGACUUUCUAGGGAGCAUGUUCACUUCUCUAGUAUCUCAAUUCUAUUAAGACAAUCAAAAACAAGUGAAAUGGCUAAACAUCCCAAAAUACACAUUUAAAUAGUUCUGGGAAAUAUGCACAAAUAAAUGCAAGUAAAGUGGUCACCGUUUUUGCUAUUCUGAAAUUAAGUAAUGCCACUUUGAUGUUCUAAUAAUACUUGUAUGGACAUGUAGAGAAUAUGAUAAGAAUACUGAUUAGUUUUUAAAAUACUGUGGAAAAAACGAUGCGUAGGUGUCUGAUGUAUUCAGAAACAUACAGGUGCAAUAUGUGCAAAUGAAAACUUUCAUAAGCAAUCAAAUUUUUGUACUUAUAUUGUUAUCCGCAUAUACAGUUACAGCAUCUGCCAACAUAUUGCAUGUUUUAUGCAAACAGUGACCUAUAUUUUAGUGUAUGCAUGCAUUUUGACAAUAUAUCCUUGUUACUUGGACCUAUAAGAUCCAUGGGCAGAGUGUAUCUCUGUAAGUGUAAAUCUCAGGUGCGGUAAUCUUCUCCUACAUACCUUGAAUAUUCGCUGGCAUGAGUGUAUAUUCUAAUCCGUAGGAAGAUCAGUAUAUCAGGAAUAAGAAUUGCCCUGUAGAUUUUAAAGAGUAACCUUCCUGUGAAGAAUUACACCAAUGAGCAAUUUCUGGCUAACAGCACAGUCUAGAUUGCUCUGAGAAGACAUUUCAUUUUAUGUAAGUAUGUCCUGGACUAAGUAGUAAGCAGCAGAAAGCUAAAUUGAAAAGAAGUAAGAAAAUGACCAAAAAUCACAUUGCUGAGGGAACAACAUACUUCAAAGCCAUAAGACAAAAAUGCUCAGGGCCCACAAAACAAUACAGCAAUUUAGGGAUGUGAAUAGGCAUUUUCCAAGAGAAUAGCACAGUUUGCUUCAUUGCAGAGACAGUGGUACAGUGUGCAGUGUACAGGUUUUAGCUGCCUUGAACAGCGCUUCAUUGCCAUUAUAGCAAAGUCAUCAUAUGCUGAAAAAAGUCUGCCUGUGAGGGACUUACCUGUAGCUGAACCUACUGCCCAUUCCUGUCGUUUAAUGGAAUAGAAAUGAUGGACCCUAUCGAUGCUUAGGUAGUUUAAAAAAAUAGAUCCAAGAAGCCAACAUGCACCAACUUUUCAACCUGCCUUUGAGUUAUUAAACCUCCUGACUAAUUUGUACUGUCACUGAUGUCACUGUUGGUCUGGUACCCUGUAUAUUUAAAAUUUUACAUCAUGCUCUGAAAAAAGUCAAUUUAUAAAUAGCAGUCUGCUUGAAAAUACAUACGGCCAUGUUUAUUUUUAAUACUUACAAGGGAGUCCCUUGACUUUGUUCACUGCAUGACUCCAAGAGAAGGUGGAGGCAUUUAGGUCAAGUACAGCAGUGCCAACUAGAAUGGCAGAAAAUUAAUUAAAAACUCAUUUUGCCUAGUGGUAUAAUGAUAUUUGAAUGAAAGAUACUUUAUAAUGCAGUGAUAUUCAGCAACAGCACUGCAUGACUACACAUGCAUACUCCCGAGAGAAUUUUGUGUGGAAGUCCUGAAGUCAGUUAUAUCCCACAGUGAAUAGAAAACAAAUCCUAUUCAAACAUACAUUUCUACUUCAUAUAGAAGAGAAAGGCUGUCUGACCAGCAACUGAACUCGGCUUCCAUCUUCAUUACCAUGACCAAAGAAAGAUUUCCUCUAACAAUGGUCUGAUUUUGCCACUGAUUUGAUCUGCGCUCAUUUUAAGGGCCUGAUACGCCACUGCUGAUGUCAGUGGUGAAUCUCCACUUGAUUUCAGACAUGCAAGGUUAGGUCCUUCCACACAUGUGAAACGGGCAAAACUGCAUCAUUCCGGACCCCAACCCUACAAACUUUCCUUUACACAUGAGUCCCAUGGAAUUAGUAAGGCUUGUUCGUAUAGUAAGAGGAAAGCACAGGUGUUUGCAUAUGCAGGGCCCUAUUUGAUAGCAGUUUUAUACCCAUUUUCCCUCAAUAUGUCUGCAAUAUACAUGGAUGCCAACACCAAUAAAAAGUACAGGGAACUCAAAUAGCAUUAUUUCAUGUCUAGUUUGUGUUGGUUACACUUGAAUAUUCAGUAUAUUCCAACAUACGGUGUUCAUUUCUGGAGUACAUGCCACACCCUAGAUUGGUUUCUCGGUGUAAUAGCCAUUCGCAGCCAUAAUAUGGUACAGGCCCUUAGAAUCAAGAUUGAUUUGAUUCUUUAGAAAUGCACCUUAUUGUUUAAAAGCAGGACCCCUGCUCUUCUAAUGUUUUAAACACUGUGAUCUUUCAGAAUGUGUUUAUUGUAUUAGUUUUGUAUUGUAGAUUAUGAUAGAAACUAGAUUUUAUAGCUUUUUAAAAGCAGUGGUAAUACUAAGCUUCAUAGUGGCAGAACAAACUCUGUAUAUAUCGAUAUUAUGAAUAUUAAAGCUGUGAUUAUAUUUUGCCUUAAAUAAAAGCCCAACCUUGAACAGUA